AGCCGGAGCGGGAGCAUGCGGGGCGCGGCGCGGGCGGCCCGGGGGCGCGCCGGGCAGCUGUGGCCGCGGCCCCCCGCCCCGGGCCCUGGCCCGCCGCCGCCGCCGUUGCCGCUGCUGCUGCUGCUGGCCGCACUGCUGGGCGGCGCGGGCGCGCAGUACUCGAGCGACCUGUGCAGCUGGAAGGGGAGCGGACUGACGCACGAGGCCCACAGGAAGGAGGUGGAGCAGGUGUACCUGCGCUGCGCCGCGGGCUCCGUGGAGUGGGUGUACCCGACAGGGGCGCUCAUUGUCAACGUGCGGCCCAACACCUUCCCGCCCUCGCGCCUCCUGACGCUGUGCAUCAAGCCCCUCAAAGGCUCCUCUGGGGCCAACAUUUAUUUGGAGAAAACUGGAGAACUGAAGCUGCUGGUCCGGGAUGGGGACCGCGGGCCUGGCCGGGUGAGCUGCUUUGGCUUCGAGCACGGUGGGCUCUUCGUGGAGGCCGCGCCCCAGCAGGACAUCAGCAGGAGGACCACGGGCUUCCAGUACGAGCUGACCAGCCGGCCCGCAGGCUCGGACCUGCACACUCCGUCAGCCCCGUGCCGCCCUUGCGGGGAUGCUGAGGUACUGUUGGCUGUCUGCACCAGCGACUUCGUUGUACGAGGCUCUAUCCAGAACGUCACUCAUGCCCCAGAGCAGCAGGAGUCCACCAUCCACCUGCACGUGAGCCGGCUCUACCGGCAGAAGAGCAGGGUUUUCUGGCCGGCUCCGGAGGGUGGCGGCUGGCAGGGACGUGUGCUCACGCUGCUGGAGUGCGGCGUGCGGCCCGGACGUGGGGAUUUCCUCUUCACCGGCCACAUGCGCUUCGGGGAGGCCUGGCUUGGCUGUGCCCCGCGUUUCAGGGACUUCCAGAGGCUGUACCGGGACGCUGAGGAGAGGGGCCUGAACCCCUGCGAGAUGGGCACGGAGUGACGGGGGCACGGGGUGCUCGGAUCGGGGCUCCUGGGGCUCAGGCCGCAGGGGCACACGCCACGAGGUCCCAGCCGAGGGCUCCCUGACUGAUGGGAAAUGUUGUAAAAUGCAAACUAAGUUAUUAUAUUUUUUUUAAAAAAAGAAAAGUCCAUAGGAAACAAACUCCAGAGUCUUAAAA